AUGUCAACCGACCAAGAGCGCCAACAUGCGCUUGACUCCUACAAGCAGAAGCUGAUCGAGUCGCGAGAGUGGGAGUCCAAACUGAAAAACCUGCGAAUAGAGAUCAAGGGCUUGCAGAAGGACUUUGACCAGACUGAGGAGAACAUCAAGGCGUUGCAGAGCGUGGGACAGAUUAUUGGCGAAGUCCUGAAGCAACUUGACGAUGAGAGAUUUAUCGUCAAAGCAUCCUCUGGUCCCAGAUAUGUGGUCGGCUGCAGGUCAAAGGUCGACAAGGACAAGCUGAAGCAAGGGACGCGAGUUGCGCUUGACAUGACGACGCUCACCAUAAUGCGAAUGCUACCGCGCGAGGUCGACCCACUCGUCUACAACAUGUCACUCGAGGAUCCGGGCCAAGUCAGCUUUGCGGGUAUUGGUGGUCUCAACGAUCAGAUCAGGGAGUUGAGAGAGGUUAUCGAGCUCCCGUUGAAGAACCCAGAACUAUUCUUGAGGGUUGGCAUCAAGCCACCAAAGGGUGUGCUUCUUUACGGACCCCCGGGAACAGGCAAGACGCUACUAGCGAGAGCUGUUGCGUCAAGCCUUGAGACGAAUUUCUUGAAGGUUGUCUCGUCUGCCAUCGUGGACAAAUACAUCGGAGAGUCAGCACGUCUUAUCCGCGAGAUGUUCGGAUACGCCAAGGAGCACGAGCCCUGCAUUAUCUUCAUGGAUGAGAUUGAUGCCAUUGGAGGCAGGCGUUUCUCUGAGGGCACAAGUGCCGACCGAGAGAUCCAAAGAACGCUCAUGGAACUCUUGAACCAACUGGAUGGUUUCGACUACCUCGGCAAGACCAAGAUCAUUAUGGCAACCAACCGUCCCGACACACUGGAUCCUGCUCUGCUCCGGGCAGGACGUCUAGACCGCAAGAUCGAGAUUGCUUUGCCCAACGAGAUUGGGCGGUUGGAGAUUCUAAAGAUCCAUGCUUCAAGCGUAGUGAUGGAGGGAGACAUUGACUUUGAGAGUGUGGUAAAGAUGAGCGACGGGCUAAACGGUGCCGAUCUGAGGAAUGUGGUGACUGAAGCUGGCCUCUUUGCUAUCAAGGACUACCGCGAUGCUGUGAACCAGGACGACUUCAACAAGGCGGUGCGGAAAGUGGCCGAGUCGAAGAAGCUGGAGGGUAAACUGGAGUACCAAAAGCUCUAA